AUGUCACUGAGGCAGGACUGGUUCAAGGACACACCGCUGAUCUCCUGGCUGAUGGAGAUUAUUGUGGCCAUGGAUGGCGCGCCCCAGGGGGAGGCCAGCUGGUUCUCCUUGAGCUGCCUCAUGCAGCCGCCGAGUCCUUCGUGGCUUGCAGAGGCCAAGCACCACGAGUUCUCGGAAGCAGUGCGACCUGCACAAGAUUCGCUGGCCGCCUACCAGCACCUGAACACAGCCUUCGUUGUGCUGUCCUGGAACUGUUUGCCUUUUCUGGUCGUGGCAUCCUCCGCGGUGUUCUGCUUCGUGGUUCUGGAUCGCUUCAUGAGGUCUCGGAAGCACGUUUGGCCUGACGCGCUAGACUUUUAUGCCAAGGUGAGCCUCUUCGGAGCUCAGGUGCUGGAGUUCUGGGAUGAGGCAAGUCGUGUCUUCUACGUCCAGCUUUACCAGCGUCGGCUGCUAGGGCUCUUCGGACCUUUGAGCUAUGCCUUGUCCUUCAGUUCUGGGCAACUUCACUUCAUCCGGCUCUGGACCUUCUGGCAGGAUCAUGCGCCAGCCGGGGCCCCAGGUAUUUCAUCUCAUGUACUUCGCGGUGGCGCGCAGGAACUUCCGCACCCUGACCUGCGUCGUCCUGGGCGAGGAUGCGGUCUUGAUGAAGCAGGGCGCGGUAGCUUGCCGCCUGGAGGAUCCUUUGCUGGCCGCCUCGUUGACGCUAGGCGCCUUGUGGGCCGUGGUGUACCCUUCAGCCGUGGGGCCUCUUCAGAGACAACGAGGAAUUGGGGAAACCAUCGGUGCUGA